AUGUCCAUCCCCCGCACAAUCCGCACAGUCUUCCUCGCCAUCGAGCAAGCCGAAGGCGCCGGCGCACGCGUCCGCCGCUCAAUCGGCACCUCCAAGCUCCGACACUUCAGCCCCUUCCUCAUGCUGGACCACUUCACAAUCGGCAAAGGCGCGGGCUUCCCAGACCACCCGCACCGAGGCCAAGAAACGAUCACCUACCUCCUCCACGGCGGCGUCGACCACGAAGACUUCGCCGGCAACAAGGGCACGAUCGGCGCCGGCGAUCUCCAGUUCAUGACGGCCGGCAAGGGCAUCAUGCACGCGGAGAUGCCGCACGAGAACGCCGACGGCAGCCCCAACGUCGGCAUGCAGCUGUGGGUGGACCUGCCGAAGCAGCUGAAGAUGUGCGAGCCGCGGUAUCGCGAUCUGCGCGCGGCGGAGAUCCCGCGGGCUGAUGUUGACGGCGGGAGGGUGGAGGUGAAGGUGAUUUCGGGCCAGUCGCAUGGGGUGGAUAGUGUGCGCGAUUUGGCGUAUACGCCUGUGUGGCUGCUGGAUGUUACGGUUAGGCCGGGCGGGCGUAUUGCGCAGCCGUUGCCGGUGGGGUGGAAUGCGUUUGCUUAUGUGCUGGGUGGGUCGGCGGUGUUUGGGUCCGGGGAUGAGACGCGGGUGGUGAAGGAGUUUCACAAUGUUGUUUUUGAACAGGGGGGUGAGUUUGUGGAGGUGUCGGUGCCGGAGAAUGCGCGCGCUGAGGCGAGGUUUAUUCUUGUUGCCGGCCAGCCGCUGGACCAGAAGGUUGUGCAGUAUGGGCCGUUUGUGCUGACGAGUCAGGAGGAGGUUUAUCAGGCGAUGAUGGAUUAUCAGACGGCGUCGAAUGGGUUUGAGAAGUCGCGCAAUUGGGAGAGUGAGAUUGGGAAGAGGAUGACUUGA